AUGUGCGCACCCGGUGGCAAGAUCAUAGUCUACACCGGCCUGCUCGACAAGUUCAACACCGACGCUGAGAUCGCCACGGUGCUAGGCCACGAGGUUGCGCACGCCAUUGCAAGGCACGCUGCAGAGAAGCUCACCAAGCACAUGUGGAUUUUCAUGCUCACGGUUUUCCUGCUCAUCUUUAUCGAUGCGCCGGACCUUAUUGAUAAGCUGACUGAAUACCUCCUCGGCCUGCCUUUCUCACGAAAGUAUGAUGGAGAUAGAGGCGGAUCACAUUGGAAUCAUGCUGCUCGCUUCCGCUGGUUUUGA